UCUUCCCCCUGAAAAUGCAUCAGAGACAUUCAUUCAGAACACUUGAAGCAGCAUCUUCCCCCCACCAAGCCUCUCUAAUAUCCAACACUCGUACGUACGUGCAACAUGAUGAAGCAGCAGCUACAGGUUCUUUUCUCACUCUCAUUACUAUUCAUCCUUCUCUCUCACUGCUCGAGAAUCUCAGCUCAAGGACCAGCUGCGAGCCCAAAUGCAGGUCCAGUAGCCGACGCUCCGGCACCGGCACCGCCAGGACCAACCAACGUCACCAAGAUCCUUGAAAAAUCCGGCAACUUCAACCUUCUUAUCCGCCUGAUGAAAACUACACAAGUCGACACCCAACUCUACAGCCAACUAAACGACUCCUACAGCAAACUGACCAUCUUGGCACCAACUGACGCUGCCUUCUCAAAACUCAAACCAGGGUCUCUCAACUCCCUCAGCGAAUCACAGAAGGAUCAACUCUUGCAGUUCCACUUCAUCCCUGAUUUUCUCACCAUCUCAAACUUCCAAACUCUCAGCAACCCGGUUCGGACCCAAGCCGGAGACCAGUUUGAGUUCCCGCUAAAUAUCACCACAACUGGAAACUCAGUGAACAUCACCACUGGUCUUGUCAACACCUCAAUAUCUGGCACUGUCUACUCGGAUAACCAAUUGGCUGUUUAUCAGAUCGACAGUGUGCUACAGCCUUAUGGGAUUUUCGCUCCCAAGCCUUUGCCCCCUUCUCCAGCACCGGCGCCGGAAAAGGCAAAGAACAAAAAGAAAGCUUCAGACGAUAGCCCAGUUGCCGCAGCGAAAUCUGCUGCAGGGUCUGUACGCUGUGAUAUCUCCAGAAAUGGAUUGUUCUCCAUUAUAAUUGCUGUUGUUUUUGCAGCGGUACUGUUUUUGUGACAAUGAGGCUGAUUGAAGAAAUGGUUGAGCACGAAAUUGUUUGGAUUCUUUGGAAUAAUUCUUCUCUGUUUUUGACCUUUUAUAUAUUAAUGUGUAGAACGUGAUCAUGUAGCUUCUUUUUCUGGGGUUUGUUAUAUAUUGUGUUGGUUGCUUUGUAUUUUUACCAUAUGUAUUUGCCUAU